CUCAAGAAUUAUAAUAACAUUUUAUAUACAAUUUGUGAUUAAUUUAGUGACAAAUCUUUACAUUUAUUUCUAACUAAAAGCUGUUUUAUAUAUAAAAGUUGUUUUCACUAUAUUUUUGUCGCAAUAUUUUCAGUGAAAUAUUUGGUGAAAAACCCGAAAAACGACUUCACUUUUCAACCAUUGAUUUCAUCAAAACAAGCCAUUAUUGACUGCAUAUCUGAUGAGUGUUUAUCACCGGUGAAGACCUGUUACGGUAAUCAAGUGGACAACAUAUGGCUGCCAUAAAUGUGUCGCCAAAAGUAUGGCUAACGGCCAUCAUAUCGAUGGUCGUCCUAUUGAUGGCCUAUUGGUAUGACAAGAGCCGAGUGGAUGACCUGUUGGCCAGAGUUGAGUUGACGCACCAGAGUUUGCUUGACAUAGAAGCCAGUGUUUCAGUGAAUCCUAAGACUAAAAUAGCUAUUGGUUUUGGUUCUUGUGUUGAUGUUAUAACACAGUCACGGGAUGUCAUACUAGACAGGUAUCGGCCACCAAAAGACCCCAAACCUCAUGAUAUAAUUGAAACAACAGAUGAAUUGCUGGAAGUAUUUACUUAUUACUUCCAAUUCGGUGCCGCGGCUGAACGUUACAUCAAAAACAGUACACUUUUUGAUGAGUUGGUUGCGGCGGCUAAUAGUGGCCAACACACGAAAAGAAUGAUUGGCGGCAAUGCACCGAUUAUGGCCACACGUUUUGCUAAAGAGGGUGUCGGCCACGUACUUCUGGCAGCGCAAGUGUCAACACAACUUGAAAGUCAAUUACCGACAGAUAUCGUGUUAAGUGCACCACAUCUUCCUAAAGAUGAUAUCCAUCUUCUGUUGGAAUAUCCGUUGAACGAGUACUGGAGUGAUCGUUAUGUGAGUCCGCGCGCCAACCGCUUCAUUGUACACAACGAUCACAACAACCCUUUGUUAGGAUCUUUGGAUACUUUCUAUGAAAAAGCCAUUGAGUUUAAGCCGCAGUUAGUUAUUGUUAGUGGACUACAAAUGAUGGAUAACUUUCCAAUAGAUUUUGAAGUCCGUCGACAACGAAUUGAGAUAUUAAGACAAUCAUUAAUUAAUUUAAGAAAAAACGACAAAAGUAUUAAAAUUCACUUUGAAAUGGCGUCGUUUGCAGAAGAGAUACUUCUCAAGACUAUAUCUGAUAGAAUAUUUCCAAUUGUCGACAGCAUUGGUCUCAAUGAACAAGAAAUCAAUAAUUUAUAUACUCUUUAUACUUACGGCAACUUAUCAAUGGUUGCCGAUCCCUAUCCACGUGUGGCUCUUGCUUUGGAUCAAAUUAGGUUUUUAUAUGAAGUGUUACAAAGUGAAAACUCCGGAAGAUUAACCCGCAUUCAUGUCCACACAUUAGCCUUUCAGGCGAUACUCACUAAGAAAGGCUCGGAUUGGAAGGAACUGAUGGCCAGCAGUGCAAAGGCAGCACUCACUGCACACAGACAUACCUGCGGUUCUGAAGUGAUUGAUAUAAAUAAAGCAAAACUAAUAAUGGAUGAAUCAUUUUCCACUACCCGUUCCGAUAAAAAUAAAAGACGGAUUGGUUUUAACGUUCAAAAACCUGUUAAUUGUUGGGAUGAGAAGAUAUUUCACAAUAGGGACGGUUUCCACGAAGUUUCCAUAUGUGUGGCACCGGUACUCGUAUGCACUAAAGUACUUCAAACCGGUGGCGGAGGCGAUAACGUGAGCGCCGCCGGGAUUGUACUUCAAGUCUAAAUGCUUCAAAUCUAUUUCAUAUCAGA